AUGCAAAGACCUGGACCAGUGGAUGGACUUGCACAUAAGAAGAAGCCAGACAAGGUCGAGAUCAAAAAGGAACGAGAACGGCGUUGGCGGUGAGAAGCGGUAAACGAACAACUUUCACUGGAGGAAGAGGGCAACUUGCGUGAAUAUCGCCAUUCGUAUUAAUAGAGCGAGGCUUGUCUGGAGACGUCGACCUUCGGAAACAAUGAGAAGCUCCGACCGCAAUUAGGGCAGGCGUUCGUCGGAGGCGGUCUGUUUCAAAGUUUGAGAACCCGCAAAAACACUUGAGCCUCCGGGUUGAGUACGAAAUUGAGCAUGGGCGAAAGGACAAAAGAGGCGCUGAAUAACAAGUGAGUGGCCAAAAUAAUGUUUCCGAUUUUUAGCAGCUUCCCACAGUUGGGAUGAACUUGGUCCGAGUUCAACUACACAAAAAAAGGUCAUCUACACUGCCAAAUAAUCAUAAAAAAAUAACGAUAUAGGGAAAGUUUGAAAUUUUGGAAACUCGGCCAGUGCUUCUUGAUGUACGCGAUGAACAUCUACAAAGUUUCAGCGCGCACAAAACCUAUUUUUCCAAAACUGGCAGCUCAAACUUUCUGCUGAUAAUUCAGAUAAACUUAACUUUAAUAAAUCGUUCUUUAAAGAAAAGUUGGUAGUUGAGAAGUUGUCACUUGCAGAAUAUUCACCGUAUAUUAGCCCAUUUAAGUUGGUUCUCUAGCACAAAGGGACAUGAGAAUAUCUCCAAGCAGUAAAAUUUGGGUUGAUUGGAGAAGUGAAGCCAAUCUGAAAAAAGUGACCAAGGCGAUGUGAUUUUUAAAUGUAAAGGCAGAAGAGGAAAAUGGUGAGAAGAUAACUUUUGAUAACCGAGAAUAAUACCAGAAUUGAUGCAGGGUCGUUUGAAAACUGUUGCGAAAAUUGAUAUUUUUUCUAGCUUCGAGAUAUUUUUAUUUUACUUAAGUUCGAGAAAUUUCGAAAACGUAGUUUUCAAACGGAGUCUUUGGAAAGGAAAAAAGGAUCGGAAUCUGAGAAAAAAAAAGUCAAGUGCGAAAGGAAAGUGACAGAGGCGAUCCUCAACUGAUCCUAAGAGAUCGGCAUAUCUUACAGCAGCGAAGUGAAAAUACCGGUCGUUCGUCAAAGCCAAAACCGUUUUUUCAGCGGCACCGAAUAAGUCUAAUAAAUUAGCGACGGGUCGAAGAGCGUGGCAAAUGAACGGCGGUGCCGCCUCCGAGAGGUCGCCGGAGGCGGGACUUCGGAAAAAGCAGUGCCAAUUCUGUCGGAUGUAUGACGACAACGGCAGCGAAGGUGGUUUACACAAAACGCCCCUCGGUUUCGAAGAAAGUAAUGAAAAAAGAAGUUAGCAAGUUCCGCGUCUUAUUUGUCAAAGGCACACGGGACAACGGUGGAAGACGUUGGUGAAGACUCAAUUGCUGCUUCGACCAAAAAGGUGGACAACAGUCCAGAUGUCUUCUGGUAG